AGUGCCGACUGCGCUGUAACUAAGCAGCCCCAACCAAUUGACUUUUAAAUAAUGUAUGCACAUUGAUUUUCUGACGCAUCCGCCUCGUUAUCGUUGUCGUUCUCAUUUUCAUCAUCAUCAAAAAUAACGGAGUCAGCGCCCACAGUGAGCGCCACUCCGCCUACUGCUAGAUUGGCAAACGCAUAAAAGUUCUGAUUUAGCUAGAACUUGCGCGCAGCGCAUGUUAUCAGCGGAACUGGCUUCGACGGCUUUGUUAAAUGCGAGUUAUCAGCGCAGCAACGGCCCAACAAAAGAUGAGGUUUGCCUGUCAACGUUAUACGAGAAGUGCGCAAAACCAACGACAACAACAGCAACUGAAGCAGCAGCAAUGACCAAACAAUUGACAACAACAAACGCAACAAAUGCAGCGUCUAGCAUAACGCAAAGUGCAAAUUUAGCGCCUACGGUUAUAUCGCCAACUACAGCAGCAGCGACGACGACGACGACAACAACAACAGAUGGCGCAACGCCAGAGACAACAACAAAGAUACAAACAACUGCUGCAACAACACUAACAAAAGCUGCAACAACAACAACAACAGCAGCAACUGCAACUGCAACGAGUGAUGCUAGCGGCCGUUCAGCUGCUCUUGAGCGUGCCUAUGUGCAUGAUGUUUACGAGCAUUGUGAGGAGCCGACAGGACCAGUGCGCCCUAGGGUGGCACAAUUUCUGGGAAAUCUGGAGCCCGGCUCUGUGGUCUGCGAUGUCGGCUGCGGCAGUGGGCGUUACUUAACCCAAUGUAACCCGGCCAUAUGCACCAUUGGCGUUGACCGCUGCUAUCGUCUCAACAAAGUGGCACACGAAAGAGGCGGCGAGGUGGCGCUGUGCGAUAAUCUGGAGCUGCCGUUCCGUGAUGACAGCUUCGAUGCAGUGCUGUCCUUGGCUGUAGUACAUCACUUUGCCACCACAGAGCGCCGUGUGCGGGCGCUUAGGGAAUUGGCGCGCAUCUUGCGCAUUGGUGGCCGUGUGGUUAUCACAGUGUGGGCCCUGGAGCAGCGACAUCGACGCUUUGAGUCGCAGGAUGUGCUUAUACCCUGGCAGCCGCCCAAGAAUCGCACUUACUCAUAUUCGUAUUCGGAUGAGGAGGAUGACGAUGACUUUCUGCCGCCCUAUCAUGCCUACACAGAGGACUCCACCAACUCCAGUCGCUCGGCGGGCGACGGCGACAGCUCUAGCUUAAGCUCAUCCUCGCCAGGCGAGUCCUGCUACAGCUUUGUGCGACGUGCUAUACAGAAAUUGGCUGGUGGACGCCGACAUGCCUGGUUUCUGGAUUCGUGGACUUCUAAGGAUACCAAAAACGACAGCAGCCUGGACUAUGAGGAUGCCAAGGAUCUGCCCAUUGAGCUGCGUCGCCUGGAGGACUUUGAGGACUUUCAUGAUCCACCACUCACGGCUAGCCUCAAAUCACGCAGUCUGGGCAGCAUCUUACAGCCGCCGCCACGCCAAAUUGUGCGCUCUCGCUCCAGCGUACCCAGCCUGGGCGGUCCAUUGCUGCCAGGUGAGACCAAAGCAAGUGCGGCUGCAGCGCUGCUACUAAGCGCGCCCGAGGCACAACAGCUCAACGGCGGGCACUCGCCCACAGCUACUGCCAGCGCUGGCAACACGCUCGCCCGCCGACCCAAGCUCAUCAAGCAGAAGCAAUCGCUCUGCGACGACGACAACGCUCAACUGCAGCCGAACGAAGCCAAUGGGCCCAGCCAAGGCAGCGCGUAUCAAAUAGUUAGCAGCUAUAACAGCGCCAGCGGCGUUAGCAGCAGUCUCUAUACGCGCAGCGGUUGCUAUGCAGCCAAUUAUCAUCAACAUGCCUCAGCUGCAGCAACAGCCACGCCAGCAACAGGAGCAGCAAUUGGCGCGCCUGGUGGACAGCUGCCCAGCUUUCUCCGCAAGCAGAGCUCACUCAAUGAGGAGCUGAUGGCCGGCAAUCGACUGCGUGAGAAGGAGCGCGUGCGUAAGCGCAUUCAAAAGCAGACGUCAUUGAAUGAGGCGUUCCUCUGCCGCUCGGCCAUGUUCUCUAAGCGGCUGCAGGUCAUACGCGAGGGUUUCACCACUAAAAUCAAAAGCUCGACGGGCAGUCUGGAGCGCGUAACCAAAACCGGACUCAACAAGCUCAUGCAGAACAUCAAAAGCGCUCCGCCAACUCAAGCGCCAUCACCAACUGCAGUCAAUCCGCAGCAGCAGCAGCAGCAGUCGAGCAGCAGCAGCAACAACAACAACAACAAUAAGCAGCUAAGCACACCAGUUACGCAUACGCAUCAGCAUCAUCAUCAUCAUGCAAGUAGCGCUGCGGGCAGUUUUAGUGCUCAUGUGCUGGCCAAUGUAAGCGCCGGACCUGUGAGCUACUGCAGCAGCAUAGACUGCAGCAUGGCCAAUGCUUGCCAUUGCAGCGCUUAUCAUCAGGAGUGCGUCGCUUGCGUGGAGAGCGAGCAAGCCAAGGUACGCCGGCAUUCGCGUGAGUCUGGCUCGGACUCCUCCAAGGACAGCAGUCUGCAGUCGGACACCAGUAUUGAGUCGGAGGAUAGCUUCGCCUCGGUUAUAUUUAUACCCAAGCCGGAGCAGCAACAACAACAGCAGCAACUGCAAAUGCAACAGCACUCCAACUCUAGUUCCAGCAACUCCAGCUCCAGCAAUGGGCAAGGCAAUGCAGCUGCCAAUACUACCACUGUCACCACCACGCGUCCGCCGCCCACACACUCAGUGCCAACAUCUCCGCUCAUUAUGCCCUGCCCGCCGACGCCCGCCCAUUCCCCUGCAGCCACACAAGGCACCGUCACCUCGCCACCCCAGUCUAUGGCCGCUGUGAGCGCCGCCAUGGCCAUACUAACACCAGCUGCUAAGCCAGCGCGCUUCAGCUUCGAUGAUGCGCACAUUAAGCAGCAGCGGGAGCAACAGACCAUAGCUGCUCACAAGAUAACGCGUCAGACUAUACGUGAGAUGCCGCCAAUACCCAAGUUCCGCAAGCAGCAGUCGCUGCAGCUGGCGCGCCAAAACUUUCCCAUUGUGCGACGAGCCUCCGGCUCUGGUGUAGCCAGCAGCAGCGCCUUGAAUGCCAAGCUCUUGUCGCUGGAGCUGUUCAAUCCAGCCACCGAUGAUCUGGACAGCGAUUCCAGCGAGCCCUCCUCGCCAGACUCCAUCGACAGUGUUAUAAGCGCGCCACGUUCCGCGCAGCUGCUGUCGGCGCCCAGCACGAGCACUGCCAAGUCCAGUGAUGAGUCGGAGAGCGCGCUGGCGCAGACCAUUAGCAUUAACAAGGAGCAGUAUCACAAGGGUGAGCUGCAGAUUAACAAUGCCACGCCCAAUACCAACGACAUUAUACUGAAUGCGGACAGUGCACCGCUGCUGCCGGAGAAGCGCGAGUCUGGGCAGGCACAGCAGCCGCAGGAUUGCGCCGAGUUUGCGGAGCAGCUAACAGCGCAACUGCAGCGCGAACUGGAUGAUAAAAGCAAUCGCGCCGAUUGUCGCAGUCUGGAUGGCAUUGGAGACAUUGGCGAAUAUCUAAAUGCUGGUGCUAAGAAGCGCUCCAAUGGCGAUUUAACUUCGCUGCGUGACGAACUGCGUGAGCGUCGACUUAUGCUGGCCAACUUGUCCACACAGCCAAGCCUGCAGCACUCGCCCAUGUCGUCGUCCACCUCGUCGCUGUCCUCACAGACGCGCAGCUUUACUAUACACGAGGAACAGGAGGGAGAGGAUGAAGAAAACGAGCGCAGCUAUUCGUUGGGCAUCUAUGAGCACUGCAAGAUCUCAAAGUUCAACUACAAACGCAAUUGCCACUACAAUCUCAAUCCCGAGACCGCAUAUCUGCUGCAGGAUGAUGGCGAUAGUGAUGUACGCGAUGAUGAGGAUCCUAUACCUGAGGAGGAUGAGGAUGCUGAGGCACUGGAAGCACUUAGUGGCGAUCAACUGGGUGAGGGCAUGGUCUGCCUGCGUGGCAGAGCUCCGCCCACAGCAAAUUCAUCAGGCAACGACUAUGGUCAACGUCGUCGAAACUUGGGCGCUAUUAAGUCCGUCACAUCAAGUGCGUCAAGCUCUACGGAAACAGCACCUGGCACGCCGCAGCAGUCACAGCAGCAACAGUCACUACAACAAGUGAAUUCAACUGAUUCCGUGGAGCAUUCGAAUAGCUCCACUGCAUCGCUGGACAGUCCCUCGCAAGGUGGCGCCACUACACACCAUCGCUACUACCAUGUAUUCCGUGAGGGUGAAUUAGAUGCAUUGAUCAAUCAUCAUGUGGCCAGUCUGCAUAUUGUUAGCUCUUACUAUGAGCGCGCCAGCUGGUGUGUAGUGGCCGAGAAGGUGCAAGUAUGGACUAUCUAAGCAUGCUACACACAUAUACGCAUACAUAUACAUAUGUUUAAUAAAUACAAUUAAUUAAUUUAAUUGAUUACGAAAUGAAUCUCUGAAGCCCCCAAAGGAAUUGUUAAAUUUAGUCUUUAUUGAUAGUGAAAGUAUGCAAGUAUCCCAAUUAUCUGUCUAGCACUAAUUUAAGGAUUCGUAACGACUUUUGCUUACGGUUGUCAGGCCUGCUCAACGGCAUGACUGCCGCACUGCAUUGAAAUUCAAUUUCAAGCAAACCAUUUAGUUUUUAAGCAGCAAAUCGAAUACUAAGCAACGCAAAAUUAAACAAAAUUAUUAUUAUUAAUUAUACAACGACCAUUGAGUUUAUUUUUAAUCAGUAAGCACAACACACCGAAUUCAAACAAGAGCUAACGCUUCUCAUACAUAAACGUCCAUUUGCAACAUGACAUACAAAUUAUAAAGUAUAUAUAGUAACUACAGUAGCCAAAAAGUUAAUCAAGAAAAAUCAAAUAGAAAUCGCAAGACCAUAUCUAGUCCGUAUACAAAUGCUUUAUACAAAAACACCGCAGUAAGCGAAUCAAUACGAUUAUUUCUAAAUAUCAAUAAGUGCAUUUACAAAAAUCCUAUGCAACAUCUAUCUACACCCGAAAUAGAAAACUCAGAAUAAUCAAAUUUGUUACUGCUCUACAUAUGCAUGCAUGUAAAUUAAAUUUCAUUAUAGUAUACUAUUAAAAAAGUUGAAAACUUUAAACACUUCCCCAAAAAGGCCAAUAAAUCCCUUUAGUAUAUAAACAAAUAUUUAUGCUAAUUUAAUUUUUUUUAAUAACACGCUGUUAUUAUAAGAUGUAGCAGAGAUUUUCAAUAACUAAUUGCGACUGUACAUGUUAGAUAGCUAAACUAAACUUUAUACCAUACAAUAUUAGAAAAUGAAAAUGUUGAACAAAAGGUGUAUGAAAUGAAAGUUUACGCAACUUUAUCUACGAUUUAAAGCUACGGAUAUAUAUCUGCUCGACAUCAUGCUGAAUAUUUAUUUACGAAACAUUAUACAUUUAAAAUUAGACUAAAGUAACUUGAAAAUACGUAUUAUGUAUUUGCACAAUGAAAUACACACAAGUAACCUACACUACCAGACAAAAU